AUGGAUAUUUAUGAGAGUGAGAGACUACCAUUACCUCAGCCACUGUACUAUAGAAAUCCAGCAGCGGGAGCGGCUGAUGCUGCUACAAGAGCAAUGCCUGGUGAAUUGCCUACUAUGAAUUGGAAGAUACCAUCCAUAACGAGACAAAAUCAUCAACAUAAUCAUGCUCCGAUUAUAACUCGAUUUCCGAUAACUCCUUCUGGUCAUCAAACGCCAAGUGCCUUUACCGCACGCAGCGUUGUUCCUCCGCAUGCUACUCCAAUGGUUCAGAUCAAUUCGGCUUUUGCCCUUCCAGGUGAUAGUGCAGGCGGCCGUAAUGAUCGCAGUAAUGGUACUGCUGCUACUUCCAAUAUUCCAAGCAUGAUGCCGACGGUUGCUGGUACAACUGCGGGUCAUCAGGGACCAUCAUUGCCAUUGCCUCAUGUUGCCGCUACAAUGGGUCAAGCUGGUGCUGGUGUUAUGGCGGCAAGUGUCGGUGCAAUGAGAAUUGCAGCUGUAAAUGCAACACAGCAACAGCAAGCGCAACAGCAACAGCAACAGAAGAUGCAGUUGCCAAGAUUAAACGGACUAUCACAUCUUUGCCCUAUGUGUGAUAAAUCUUUCAAGAGAAAGUCAUGGUUACGAAGGCAUUUGCUAUCGCAUUCUCCAGAGAGGCAUUUCGGUUGUCCAUGGUGUCUUUCCAAACACAAGAGAAAAGACAACCUUUUACAACAUAUGAAAUUAAAACAUACAGAGUAUGUAUUGGAAAAAUUGCGAAAUCAAAAUGUAGGAAUUGAUGGUGAGGUUAGGAAUGACAACAUUAGGACCCUACUAUGUGAGGGAAGAUUGAACAAAGAAGACGUUAAGAAAGUUUUAAAUGGGUUGAUAGAUAGUUAUAACGGGUAG